AUGGAGCGAAACGGAGGGGUGAGGCAGGAGGAAGGGAGCGCUCGGCGCUCGGCAGAAAAAGCAGGCUCGGAGCGGCUGAGGCGAGAACGGGUUCGUCUUUUACGAGCGUCAGGGGAGUGCGCCGAGCCGGCGCACCUCGAGGGGGACGAGGGCGAUGCGGCGCUGUCGUGCAGAAGAUGUCGAUUUCUUCGAGCUCUCCACUUUUUCGGGACCUGUUUCUUCUCUACCUCGGAGCUGAGCCGCCUUCUCGAGUAUUUCCAGCGAGAAGCUGCCGCCGACCGCGACGCAGAUCUGCCCCAAGGUCUCCGGCUGCUCUUCUGGGACGCGCUCGAGGCGUUCCGCGAAGCGCCUCUCUGCUUGCUCCCCGCCUUCGGCCGCCAGGCGCUCUUCUCCGAGCUGAGUGGCGCAGCCUCUCACUCGGCUCGCACCGGCGAGGAGAAAAACCUCGAGCCGGAGGACCCGCGAGAGAAGGACAGAGACGGACACGCAGAUGCAGCUGGCCCUGGAGCGGAGGCUGUCUCCGAGUCGCAUGCGGGGAAAGAGAAGGGAGAGGAGGUGGAAGGGGAAGGGGCGCCCGAUUCAGGGGCUUCUUUUCUUCUGUCUCCUGCCUCUGCUGCCGCACCCUGCGCAGCCGUCGCGGACCCUGCCUCGUCCUUCGCGCCGCCCUCCGGUGUCUCCUCGUCAUCGCGUUCGGUCUCGCUGUCCGCCGUGGCGCAUCCUUCGUUGGCCUCUGCGUGCUCGGGGCUGUGCGUGCGCGUGCGCCGCGACUGGCUAGCCGAGACGAAGGAGAGAGUCGACGCCCUGCACAUGGCUAGCUGGCGCGCGCUGCAUGCAGGAAAGUGGUCGGACGUCCCGCAGGCCUUUCGAGCGCUCUACGCCUUCAGCGCCUUUUGUCUGUCUGUGCUCUUCGCGGCCAAUGCGGCAGCUGAUGGCGAGUGGCGGGGCGCAGAGACAGAAGGGGUACCCGGACCGGAGACGCAGGACGAGCGAAGCCGACCUCGAGGAGCCGCUCAGGGAAACGCGCAGCACGCGGCAGGGCCCGCAGAAUCCGAGAAAGGCGAAGAACUUGAGGGAGAGGAGUCUGACGAAGAAACAAGAGACGCCGGCACACAUGCGGGUCGAGGCAGGCAGGAACCGUAUUCUCGUCUCGCGUUCCGGUACGCAGAUCUCGGGCUGAUUAUGGGUGGUCCCGAAACGCCUGUCUACGAUCUUCUCCAGUCUGUUCUGAGCAAACUUGACGCCGGAAAUCCUGCAGAUUCCCCAUGCUCUUCGACCUCUGCAUCUGAGUCUUCGUCGUCGAUUUCCUCGUCGGCUCCGUCUUCUCCCUCCGCGGGUGCCGCACCACUCGAGCCAACAGAGACGAGCAGAAAACGCAGGCGUUCUGAAAACGAAUCGGACGGAAGACGGGCGGGCGACGGCCGGGGCGCCGCACGAGCGUCCAGGAGUCGGUGGGGGAUGAGGCCGGUGCCGUCCGUCGAGGGGAGUGAACUCUCUUUUUCGGAUUUUUUCGUCCGCGCGUUCACACCCCAGCAGCCGCUCCUCAUUCGCGGCGGAGCGGCGCACUGGCCAGCUAUUUCAAAGUGGCGCGACUGGAGCUUUCUGCGGAAAAAGCUGGGCGACCGCCUGCUGCCUGUGGAAGUCGGCGAAGCCUACACGGCGGACGACUGGGGACAGACGCUCAUGCGUGGAGAGACACUGCUCGCGAGCAUCCUUCAGCCUCAAGAAGACACAGAGGUCGACACCGCGACAGACGCCGCUGAGCCCGAUGACAGCGACAAGGCGUGCGGACGCUCCCCUCCGCCUGGCGAGAGCCUGUACGCCUCUGCUUCCCAAUCUGGACAGGAGCCGGAAAGGGCCUUCGCAGCUGGAGUGCGAGCCCCAGGAGCGAGGCAGGAAAGCGAUGCCGGCCGCGAAGAGAACGGAGACGCAGAGGGGACGGACGCAUGGCAGACGCAAGGGACGACCGGGGCCCGCAAACGUCUUGGAGGCGGAACGCGAAAGACGUCUCCAAGGCAAGCUUCUCCAGCGCCAAUCCUCUAUAUGGCGCAGCACGCCCUUCUCGAGCAAGUCCCCGCUCUCGCAUCCGACUGUCCCACGCCUGACUUUGCUCUCUGCGCUGCUCACUCCGACACCCUUAUUCGCCUCGCCUGGAUCGGGCCCAGAGGGACAGUCUCGCCGGCGCACACCGACGAGUGGCAGAACUUCUUUGUCCAAGUUGUGGGGCGCAAGCGCUUCCAGCUUUAUCCGCCGGAGGCCUCGGCGUCGCUCUAUCCUUUUCCAAAGUCCCGGAAGUCGCGGUUAAACUCUAGAAGAGUCGAGUAUUACCCGUGCCAGGCGCGCACCACGCGUGCAUCCGGUUACCAACCAGAUGCCUCGUCGACACGAUCCGCGUCAUCCCCGUUCUCUUCCGUGCAUGCAGGGGCCUCUCACCAACACGUCGGGGUCCCUCUUGAGCGUUUCCUCGAAGGAGCAGAAGAUCCGGAAGACGGGCGAGACAAAACGAGAGGGCGCCCCGACUCAGAACCAGAGUGGAAAGAAACACAAACAAGGAAGGAGAGGCACGGCUCCGCGGGCGCCCAGAAGCGCCGCCGGCUUUUCCUCCCGCCUCCUCGAGCCGCGUCUUCUCUGCCUGAUGAGAAGCGCGCAGAGGAAACCGAGGAAGACAGCGGCGAGGCAAACCAAGAGGAAGCGCAUGCAAAACUGCCACAGACAACAGAUCGCGAAGAAGUGUAUUUAAGCCGAGAGGACUGCGUGCCCGCACCCGAGACCCGGAAGACAGAACGGGAAGACACUCCCGCGUUUUCGCGUGAAGAGGGGCGGAGGGAGCAGCGGGACAGAGAGGGCGAUUGCGAGGGAAGAGGUCUGCAUGCCUUUCCGUUGUUUGAUCGAAAAAAAGGCUUCGAGGUGGAAGUGCACCCCGGCGACGUCCUCUUCAUUCCAAAGCUUUGGUGGCAUCUGGUUCUUGCCGAGACGGCCUCUGUGUCGCUCUCUCACUGGGUGAACUGA